CUCUCUCUCUCUCUCUUUCUCUCUCUCUCUCCAUGGGAAGCAGGUUCUUCGCCUUGUCUAGGUGGGUUUGGAUAGUAGCACUUCUUGUUGUUGGGUUAUCCGGCGAAACUUGUAACGCGAAAGACGACAGUACUAAGUGUACCUCUUCCUGCGGCAAUAUCCACUACAUAAGCUAUCCUUUCCGACUAAAACAUGAUCCAAAGCACUGCGGCAAUGUAAUGUAUACUCUGUCCUGUGAGAACAACAUUACACUUGUAGACCUACCUCCUUCAGGAAAAUACUAUGUCCAGGUAAUCAACUACCACAACCAAACAAUCCGACUCGUAGAUCCUGGCCUCCAGAACAACAAUUGCUCCUCCAUGCCUCAAAAUUUUCCACGUUUUUUAAGAGAUCCAUAUAGUGUAUAUAAUAUAUCAGGUUAUCUGAUAUCGACACCUGUAUUUUACAUCAAGUGUUCGAAUCCAGUGAAUUCUUCUCUGUACGUGGACACUGCUCCAUGCUUGAAUAUAGAUGCUUCUUCUUUGGUCCAACAAAAGACGUACAGUUAUGUGAAGGUUGGGGUUAUGGAAGUGGGGGAUUUGAACGAGGGUUGCAGUGCAGAGUGGUUGGCUUUGGCGCUCUUGAGCUACCCUAAGGGCCACAAUACCUCUUAUGAAUCCGUACACAGUGCCCUCAUGUAUGGCUUUGAUCUUAGAGUAUCGUGGCCUGAUGAAAUAGCUCCUAUCUGCCAAGGCCAAUGGAGUUCUAAUCUUAAAUGUUUUCCACACACCAUCCCAGGUUUCUUUCGAUUUCUGUGCGAGGCUAUUUACGUUUUCUUUUCUCGUGGACGCGUGUACAUUGAUAAUCCUCUAUGGUUUCGGGCCAUCAGCAUCAGACGUGGAUGGGUGCCACUCAUUUGCUUCGGUUUAUUUUUAUCAGCAAGACUAAUUUUCGGAGUUCCAUGUCUAAUUGCGUUCGUGAUCUAUAAAUGGCGAAGAAGACAUUUGUCGAGUUAUAGCAUCAUAGAAGAUUUUCUCCAAAGUGACAACAAUUUCUUGCCAAUAAGGUACUCUUACUCAGAAAUUAAAAAGAUGACUGGUAAAUUUAAGGACAAGUUAGGUGAAGGUGGCUAUGGCUCUGUAUUCAAAGGAAAGUUGCGCAGUGGCCGUUUUGUAGCAAUUAAACUCUUGGGCAAGCCCAAAGGUAAUGGGCAAGACUUCACAAGUGAGGUAGCUACCAUUGGAAGGAUUCACCAUGUUAAUGUGGUGCAACUUGUUGGUUAUUGUGUUGAGGGAUUAAAUCGUGCUCUAGUAUAUGACUUCAUGCCAAAUAGCUCUCUUGAUAAAUAUAUUUAUACCAAAGAGGAAAACAUGCCUUUAAGUUGCAAGAAAAUGUAUGAGAUUUCUCUCGGAGUGGCUCGAGGGAUUGAAUAUCUGCAUCAAGGUUGUGACAUGCAAAUUCUACAUUUUGAUAUCAAGCCUCAUAACAUUCUUCUUGAUGAGAACUUUAACCCAAAGAUUUCUGAUUUCGGGCUUGCGAAAUUAUAUUCCGUAGAUAAUAGCAUUGUCUCUUUGACGGCAGCAAGGGGAACAAUGGGCUAUAUUGCUCCUGAGUUGUUCUACAAAAACAUUGGAGGUGUUUCGUACAAAGCUGAUGUCUAUAGUUUCGGAAUGUUGCUCAUGGAAAUGGCAAGCCGAAGGAAGAAUUUCAGUUCAAUGGUAGAGCGUUCAAGCCAAACUUACUUCCCAUUAUGGGCAUACGACCAAUAUAACAAGGGAAAUGACUUGGAGAUGGGAGAUUUUAAUGAGGAGGAAAAGAAAAUCAUAAAAAAGAUGGUUAUAACUGCAUUGUGGUGUAUUCAAAUGAAGCCAAGUGAUCGGCCUUCCAUGAACAAAGUCAUAGAAAUGCUAGGAGGAGAUGUUGAAUGCCUAAAAAUGCCCAUCAGACCUUUUCUGUAUCCACAGGAGAUGCAUGCAGGUGAUGUUCAAGAAAAUAAUUUGAACUCAAUAGGUUCAAACGGGGAGUUAACAUGGACUUUGUCAGCUAGGUGAUCAUCAAUUGUUAGAAAAUGCAAUCUUUUUUUUUUUUUUAGACCUUUCCUAUUGAGAUGGGCAAUAAUAUACUAAACUCACAUAUAUACUAUAUUGAUGCUAGGACUCAA